AUAUCCGCAUUAGAGAUUUUCAGAAGCAUGGGUCGCGGAGAACUCGAGGAAAUAUGCGAUCGGUAUCUUAGUCGAAAAGAGGAACAACAAAAAGUUACGGAGACAGUAGAGCGAUGUUUGAAAAAAGGCUAUGACUACGAGAAAAUGAAGGAUCGCGUGCUUGGCGCAAUUUCUGAUUCUCAUCGAGCUCACAAAGUGAUAUCAGCGAUCUGCAUUGCAUAUCCUCAGUUUCGGAAAAGGACAAAGUUUGAAGAGCAUAAAGACGACUCGAAAAGAAUCAAAAGAGAAAGAGAUAGAUCACAUUCUCGUGAAAGAAUAAGGAGAGAUGAUGACAGAAGAGACGAUAGACACAAGGAACGUCGGCGGCGUGAUGAUGAGCUUAGCAGGAAGGAGUUGGAGAAGGAAAAGGAAAAAGAGAAACUGAAAAAUCUCGCCAAAGAAUUAUAUCAAAAGAAACUUGAAGAGGAAGAAGCAAAGAAGAAUGUGGUCGUGACAGAAGAAACGCUCAGAGCGAAAGAGCUGAUGUACAAGGCUCAACAAGAAAUAGAAGAACGGAAGCGACAAUUAGGUCUAGCAGCAGCGAAUCCAGAGUUGGGCGGAGUCACACCUGUUCCAGUUAUGAUGGCAAAAAAUGUGGCUUUGAGACCACAAGAAGCUCAGAUGUUUAUACAGGCUUCCAUGAACAAAAAGAAUCGCGUGGAAGAACUCAAGGCAAAAUUAGCGAAAGCAACAUCCACUAUAAAUUCUUUGGUACGACCUAAUGCACCUGUCAUGGCUCCUUUACCUGAGAUGCCCCCAGGAUUGUUGAAAGAGCGGGAUGAAGAACCGCGUCAAGAGGAAGAGUUUCUGGAAUUCAUGGAUCCACGAAUUACUGCACGUCCAGCGGAAAGAAAAAGAAAAAUGUUUAACUUCCACGAAAAGGGCGAAUUUGAGCAAUUGGCGAAUAAGCAAAGGGCUAUGGCUAAAUUGGAAAGGCUACAGGCUGAAAUUUCACAAGCAGCAAAAAGCACUGGAAUAUCAUCAGCUGUAAAACUGGCUAUGAUCACACCAGCGGGUAAGAGUUCAGACGAUGUUCCUGAAAUUGAAUGGUGGGACUCUAUUGUGUUGGAAAGUGACAGUUAUGAUGCGAUUCCACGUACGGAUGAUAACAUGCGAUUCAAAGAUACUAUUAGUGAACUAGUUGAGCAUCCUAUCAAAUUGAAACCUCCAACAGAUCCAAUGACUCCACAGUACCUAAAAGUGUAUUUGACUGCCAAAGAACGGAAGAAAAUCCGACGGCAAAAUCGUAAGGAAAUGCAAAAGGAACGGACAGAGAUGAUUAGAAUUGGACUAGCCAAGGCACCAGCACCCAAGGUGAAAAUUUCCAAUCUCAUGCGGGUCUUGGGAAGUGAUGCCAUACAAGAUCCUACCAAAAUGGAAGCACACGUCAGGAAACAGAUGGCGGAUCGUUUGAAAAAGCAUCAACAGGCUAAUUUGGAACGGAAAUUGACAGAUGAACAGAAGGCAUUGAAGAAGACAAAGAAGAUCGCUGAGGACACUUCCCUUGCUGUGAAUGUGGCUGUAUACAGGAUCAAAUCAUUGCUGCAUCCUGCCAAGAAGUUUAAAGUUGAGAUGAACGCAAAGCAACUGCAAAUGACUGGUGUCAUCUUGUUACAUAAGAAUAUCAAUCUCGUCGUUGUUGAAGGCGGACCCAAGCAACAGAAGUUCUACAAAAACCUUAUGUUGAAUAGGAUAAAAUGGGAGGAUGAAGUGAUUGGUCAGAAGAAAGAUGCAGACAAAGAUGCGCCUGGAGAGAGAAAUCAGUGUCAGUUGAUAUGGGAGGGUCAAGUCAAACGGCGUAAUUUCCGUGAUUUCAAUGUUGUUACAGCUACUAUAGAAAAGCAGGCACGCGAUCUACUGGAAAAGCACAAUGUUGCUCAUUAUUGGGAUGUCGCUUACAGCACAACGGUUCUGUCAGUAAAACCUAAAAUUCUUUCACCUGUUCCAAACGUAUCGCUGGAACAGAGUUGGUGUGUUGGAUUUGAAGAUACGGUCUGCGUCUCGAUUACAGCCAACAAUACUGGGCAACACAGUGUGACCCCUACGUGUCAUCUACUCGAACCCAGUGUCGGCAUCGUCAAGUAUGUGGCGAUAAACGAGCUUGGAUCAGAUCUACCAUGUAUCCGCGCAGAAUCGUCUGCAGACGUAUUGGUGGGAUUCUCAAAGUCGACGUAUUUUACGAGGGCUAGUGCUGUGCUUCUGCUCGAAUUUCAGCCUGUUUCCACCAACAGACUUGACAAGGCUAUUGCUUUGCCGCCGGACGAAUCGAUUUUGCAUAAAGUGGAGACGCACACGAUAAGUGUUUCUCCUCCUCGAAAUUGGUACACGUUUGCAAAAUUUGCAACAGCCAAGGAGCAUGAGAUGUUGCUGUUACUGCGUUGUUUGAAAGUUGCCAGCCAUUGUUGUGCUAUUGAACCAACUUCAAGCUAUGACUUUACAGAGGCCAAUCCUGAUUUUGGAUGCUGCGAUUUCGGUGAAUGGCAGGUAUUUGUGGGGCACAGAAUGAUGGAUGGUGUAGUUGCCAUAUCAUCUACGUUCGACCAACCAAAUGCCAAGAUUGACCGCAUUUAUGGGAGGAAUGCUGAAUUACUGGAGCAUUUUGCUCGCAGACAGUCCACAUUAAGGACCGUAUGAGGUGUGACCAAGAAAUCAACGAAACUGUUUAUAUUAUAUGCAUAAAAGACAUGUACAGUGCUUAAGUGAAAUGAUACAUGUGAUUUCCGUCGCUAAACUUCCAAGUUUGGAAUCAAGGACAAAAGUCACAAUUGAGAUCGUGAAUACACUCCAAAUAUCAAUCUAAACUAGAU